GUGAGCGCACAUGACUACAUCAGAGAUAUUGGGACUUCAAAAUCCUAAACUCUCUCACACCAGCUGAGAACAACUGCUAACCAGAGUGGGACAUUCUACAACCAGGGACGGAGUUUCAAAGCCCUGAUCUUCUGACCACAAAAGCCAGAGUACCUGUUGGAACGGCCCGUAGGAUCGGAAGAUCUGAGGCUGCCCAGAGACUGAUAAGGAAUCUAAAAGCUCCAUAGGACAAGAUGGAUUCCAAGCAAAAUUGCCACACAGAAGUCCACGGACCAGUGGCUGGCAUCUUCCUGGAAAAAACAGGAGAGAAGAUGACCAUAUAUCAAGCCAUGAAGAAACGCCUGCUUAAGCCAGGAACAGCAUUAGCCCUGCUUGAAGCACAAGCAGCCACAGGAAGCAUCGUAGACCCAAUAAACAAUCGAAAACUUUCUGUUGCAGAUGCCGUUAAGGAAGGAAUAGUCGGCCCGGAAAUGAAAGAGAAGCUCCUCACAGCAGAGAAAGCUGUCAGGGGCUAUUUAGAUCCCUACACAAACCAAAUGUUAUCGGUAUAUCAAGCUAUGCAAAAAGAUUUAGUUUCAAGGGAUUAUGGAUUGAGGCUGCUGGAAGCACAAAUCGCCACACAAUGCUUGUUUGAUCCUGUUCAGAAGUCAAAUAUUUCAGUUGAAUCUGCAAUUCAAAAGGGCUACUAUGAAGAAGGUUUGCUCAAUGACCAGAUGUCAGAGCUGAAAGUGUUCUACAAUCCAAGCUUGCAAGAACAUCUUAACUACCACAACCUGCUAAAGAAAUGCACGGUGGAGCCUGAUACAGGCUCGUUGCUCCUUCCUGUUUGUAUAACCUUCAAAGGUCUGCGAAGAGGUAUUUCCUCCACUGAACUCCUUGCAUCAAAGAUCAUUGACAAAGAAACCUUUGAUGACCUACAGAAGGGAAAGACCACUACACAGGAUGUGAUGUUGAUGGAAACAGUAAAAGAGUACCUGAAUGGCAAAGGCAGUAUCGCAGGCAUUGCUAUACUCUCGUCUAAUCAGAGAAUGAGCAUUUAUCAAGCCAUGAAGAAAGGCAUACUGAUGCCUGGAACAGCACUCGUUCUACUAGAGGCACAAGCUGCGACUGGAUUCAUGAUUGAUCCUGUAGAAAACAAAAAGUUCACUGUGGAUGAGGCCAUCAAAAACAAAGUUUUUGGCCCAGAAUUUCAUGCAAAGCUGCAAUCUGCUGAGCGAGCAGUUACAGGAUACAAAGACCCAUACUCAGGUGAAACUAUAUCUCUGUUUCAAGCAAUGAAAAAAGAACUCAUUAUUAAGGAACAUGCAAUACGCCUACUUGAGGCGCAAAUCGCUACAGGUGGAAUAAUAGACCCAAUCAACAGUCAUAGACUACCAACGGAAGUGGCCUUCAAGAGAGGUUAUUUCAAUGAAGAAAUUAAUGCCAUACUACAGCAAACAGGAGAUGACACAAAAGGUUUCUUUGACCCAAACACAGAAGAAAAUCUAACUUACCUUCAGCUGAUGGAAAGGUGUGUCAUUGAUCCCAUCACUGGACUGUGCCUCCUUCCUCUCCUUGAUAAGUCAAACAAGCUGAAUUUCAACUUUAUUGACCAUCAAACUAAAAUGGCCUUCAAAGAGGAGAAGGUAAACGUGGUAUGUGGAAAGUACAUGGGGAAGACAGUAUCUCUGUGGGAACUCCUGAUGUCAGAAUACUUUGAUGCACACCAGAGGAAAGACAUCAUUCAAAAGUACAGAGAGAAGAAGCUCAAUAUCAAGACCAUUAUCACAAUGGUUCUGGAAAUCAUAGAAAAGUCUGUGAAAACAAUGGAUGUCAUCUUUGAAGGCAUCAGAGACAAUGUCACAGCCAAACAGCUUGAGGAAGCAGAUAUCAUAAGUAAGGAGGUUCUGGAGGAUCUAAAAAAGGGAAAAGUGUCAGUGAAGGAUGUGAUAAAAGAUGAAAAUGUUAAUAUGUACCUGCAGGGUAAAGAUAGCAUCGCAGGCAUUCUGCUUCCUGAUUCUCAAAUCAUGACAAUCUAUGAGGCCAAACAAAAAGGAAAGCUGAUGCCAGGAACUGCUCUGGUUCUACUGGAAGCACAGGCAGCAACAGGAUUCAUAAUUGACCCUAUUGGAAACAGGAAGUUUUCAGUUGAUGAUGCUGUCAAAGCAAAGAUAGUGGGGCCUGAUGUCUGUCACAAAUUGCGCUCAGCAGAGAAAGCGGUCACUGGGUACAAGAAUCCAUAUGAUGGUAAAAUAAUCUCUUUGUUCCAAGCCAUGCAAAAAGAUCUCAUCGUAAAAGAGCAUGGAAUUCGGCUCCUGGAAGCACAAAUUGCGACCGGUGGGAUUAUUGACCCAGUGAACAGCCAUCGCAUUCCUGUCCAUGUGGCUUAUAAGAAGGGAUACUUUGAUGAAGAAAUGAAUCAGAUCCUGAUUGAUCCAAGUGAUGACACCAAAGGAUUCUUUGAUCCCAACACCCUUGAGAACCUGACAUACUUGCAACUCAUGGCUAGAUGUGUCAGAGAUCCCAGUACAGGGCUGUGCCUCUUGCCACUCAAAAGCAAAUGUAACAAAAUUUCCAUAGAUGACAACAUAAGGGAAACGUUCAAAACAACAACAGUUACUGUGAAGUAUGGCAGGUUUAAUGGCAAGCACACAACACUGUGGGAUCUUAUCAAUUCAGAGUAUCUGACUGAGGCCAAAAGACAGGAGUUUUUCAAGCUCUUCAAGUCAAGGAAAAUCACAGUUGAGCAACUCAUUGUCACCAUUUUAGAGAUCAUUGAGAGUAAGGAGAUAAAACGGCAAACACGACUGAACGUUAAAAGUCUCAGAGGAGGGGUCUCUGUUGUGGAUCUUUUGGAGCUUGAAAUCGUGGAUGAAAAAACAUACAACAGUUUGAUUGAAGGAAAGAUGACAAGCACUGAUGUGAUGAAAAUGGACGAUGUGAGAAACUACCUACAAGGGAAAAGUUGUGUGGCAGGGGUGAUACUUCAACCCUCCAACCAGAAGCUGAGCAUCUACGAGGCACAGAGAGUUGGCAUUCUAACACCAGGCACCGCUCUUUGCCUCCUUGAAGCACAAGCAGCCACAGGUUUCAUUGUUGAUCCUGUGAAAAACCAAAAACUGACAGUGGAGCAAGCUCUCAUAGAAAAGGUAAUUGGUCCAGAGAUGCAUGAAAAGCUUUUGUCUGCAGAGAGGGCUGUCACUGGUUACAUAGAUCCAUACACUGGUCAAAAGAUCUCACUUUUCCAAGCUUUGCAAAAGGAUCUAAUUAUCAAGCAGCAUGGCAUCCGUUUACUUGAGGCCCAGCUUGCUACAGGUGGAAUCAUUGAUCCUUUGAAGUGUCUCCACUUACCCCUUAAGGUUGCAUACAGAAAAGGAUAUUUUAAUGCUGAAUUUUACCAGAUCCUAUCAGACCCAACUGAUGACACAAAGGGCUUUUUUGAUCCAAAGACACAACACAAUCUGACAUACAUGGAGAUGUUGAGUAGCUGUGUAAAAGAUGAGGAAACAGGACUGCUUCUACUGUCAAUGAAUGACAAACCAAAAACUACUGAAACAAAGGCAACCAUGUGCACUAACACUGACAUAAAGCAAGAGUUUGAAAAGACAGCUGUGAGCAUAUCGGUAGGACGGUACUCAGGAAAAUCUGUUUCUCUAUGGGACUUGAUCCACUCUGGGUAUUUUACAGAGGAUCAGCGGCUUGAGUUCUUUGACAAAUACAGAACAAAGAAGAUAAACACACAAACCAUAAUCACAUUAGUGAUUUCCACCAUUGAAAAACUGGAGAGUGAAACACACAAAACGAUAAUGGGCCUGAGAAAACCUGUCUCUGCUCAACAACUACUGGAUUCUGAAAUAAUUGACGUAGAAACAUUCAAACGGGUGAAAGAAGGAACUCUUCCUCUUGAAGAAGUGAUCAAACGUGAACCUGUGAAAGGAUACCUGAAGGGAACUGGAAGCAUUGCUGGAAUUAAGGUUCAUCCAUCCCAGAAAGUGAUGAGCAUAUAUGAAGCAAAGAAGGAAGAUCUGUUGACACCUGGCACUGCACUUGUACUGCUUGAAGCGCAGGCUGCAACAGGAUGGGUGAUUGAUCCUUUAAAAAACAAGUUCUAUGUUGUUGAUGAGGCAGCAAGAGAGAAAGUGAUUGGACCAGAUGUGCAUGAGCAACUUCUCUCAGCAGAACGAGCCGUCACUGGCUACAAAGACCCAUACACAGAUUCCACCAUAUCACUGUUUGAAGCAAUGAAUGAACAGCUGAUUGCAAGAAGUGAUGGCAUUCGUCUUCUCGAGGCACAGAUAGCAACUGGUGGAAUCAUUGACCCAAAUCAAAGCCACAGGCUACCUGUUCAUGUUGCUAUUAAAAAGGGAUAUCUAGAUGAAGAAAUAAGCAAAAUUCUGUCAAUCCCGACCGAUGAUGCAAAGGGAUUUUUUGAUCCAAACACCAAAGAAAACCUCUCUUACCUUCAGCUGCUAAAGCGAUGUGAGAAGGAUCCAGAAACUGGGCUACUUCUUCUAUCCCUAUAUCAAGAGGAAUCCCAUGUAUUUCACACAGAUGAGCAAAUAGAGCUUGCUUUCAAAAAUAAAGAGAUCGCAAUUGAUGCUGGAAAAUUUAAAAACAAACAGGUGACAUUGUGGGAAGUGCUGGUCUCUGAAUACAUAUCAAAACAAAAAAGGGAACAGCUCAUACAACAAUACAAAACAAAAACCAUGACAAUAGAGGAGAUCAUUGAAAUUCUCACUGUUAUCAUUACUGAGGUAUCAUCCAAAGAAAGAAAGUUCAAGGGACUAAGAAAGCAGGUCUCAGCCAGUGAGUUAUAUGAGUCAAAGAUUAUCUCAAAGGAACUUUUCACACAGAUAGUACAAGGAAAGGUAUCUGAAGAGAAUGUUGACAAAAUGGAAUCGAUUCAGAAGUACCUUGGAGCUACAAACUGUAUAGCUGGUGUCAGAGUUGAAUCUACAAAGAAAGUUAUGAGCAUCUACGAAGCCAAAAGCAAAAACCUGCUGACCCCUGGUACUUCUCUGGUUCUGCUGGAGGCCCAAGCUGCCACUGGUUUUGUCAUUGAUCCAGUGAACAACAAGAAACUUUCUGUAGAGGAAGCUGUGGCUCAAGGAGUGGUUGGCAGUGAGUGGAAAAAUAAACUGCUCUCAGCAGAAAGGGCUGUUACAGGAUACAAAGAUCCCUACACCGGAAACACAAUUUCUUUGUUCCAGGCCUUGAAAAAAGAUCUUAUUGUGAAAGAUCAUGGAAUUCGUCUCCUUGAAGCACAAAUUGCCACAGGAGGCAUAAUUGACCCAGUGCACAGUCACAGAGUGCCUGUGCAAAUAGCAUACCAAAGAGGUUACUUUGAUGAAGAAAUGCAUGAGAUUCUGUCUGACGCUGAUGAUGACACCAAGGGCUUCUUUGACCCCAACACCCAAGAGAACCUCACUUAUCUUCAGCUGGUUGAGAGGUGUGUCACAGAUCCCAUCACAGGGCUUAACUUACUGGUGAUUGCAAAGAAAGGAGAGUUUUAUUUCUAUGUAGAUGAGGCAACAAAACUCAUUUUGAAAUCUACAUUGACAACCAAAGCAGGCGGGAAAUACCAUGGCACAUCAGUGUCUCUGUGGGAACUGCUCUACUCCAAAUACAUCACUGAGGAGAAGAGGAGAGAGCUAGUGCAACAGUACAAUUCUGGAGCAAUCACAAUUGAACGCUUCUUGGAAAUUAUCCUGACAAUCAUUCAGCAGCAGAUCACAACAAUCUCAUCGUCAUCACUUGUCAUGAGCCAACCACCAGAAACCAAAGUGGAUAGCAGCACAACUACCAUCACCACUACAGUUACAGAGACAACUGAAGUUCAAAACUUCCAUGGAAUCAGAAAGGAUGUCACUGCUACUGAGUUGCUUGAAUCAAAUAUCAUCAAUGAGGACCUCUACAAAAAUCUUACUGCUGGAAAAGUCACAGUGACAGAAGUAAGUGAAAUGGACUCAGUAAGUAAGUACUUAAAGGGAACUAACAGCAUUGCAGGAGUGUACCUGCAGUCCACCAAAGAGACCCUGAGUAUAUAUGAAGCCAAAAGCAGAGGCCUGCUGACUCCAGGUACUUCUCUGGUUCUGCUGGAAGCCCAAGCUGCCACUGGCUUUGUUAUUGACCCAGUAAACAACAAGAAACUUUCUGUAGAGGAAGCUGUGGCUCAAAGAGUGGUUGGCAGUGAGUGGAAAAAUAAACUGCUCUCAGCAGAAAGGGCUGUUACAGGAUACAAAGAUCCCUACACUGGAAACACAAUUUCAUUGUUCCAAGCCUUGAACAAAGAUCUUAUUGUGAAAGAUCAUGGAAUUCGUCUCCUAGAAGCGCAAAUUGCCACAGGAGGCAUAAUUGACCCAGUGUACAGUCACAGAGUGCCUGUUCAGGUAGCAUACCAAAGAGGUUACUUUGAUGAAGAAAUGAACAAGAUUCUGUCUGAUGCUGAUGAUGACACCAAGGGCUUCUUUGACCCCAACACCCAAGAGAACCUCACUUAUCUUCAGCUGGUUGAGAGGUGUGUCACAGAUCCCAUCACAGGCCUUAGCUUACUGGUGAUUGCAAAGAAAGGUGAGUUUUAUUUCUUUGUAGAUGAGGCAACAAAACUCAUUUUGAAAUCUUCAUUGACAACCAGAGCAGGCGGGAAAUACCAUGGCACAUCAGUGUCUCUGUGGGAACUGCUCUACUCCAAAUACAUCACUGAGGAGAAG